CUCUCCAUCCAUCUGUAUAAUAACACGCACUUUCUCUGCCAAUCUCCUGCUUGUCUCGCACCGAACCAAACCCCAUUAUUCAUCAACCCAUCUUGCUAGUCUCUGUCGAGCAACCAUGGCUUGUUCGAGCUCUGCUCUGAGAACCAUCUCUUCCUCCUCUGCGAAGCUCGCCAAGAGCUCGGGAUCUGCAAGCAGCGGUUCGCCUUCCAAGACGCGCUUGCCCUUCAACCUCUCGACCCCGUUUCUGCCCAAGCUCGCCGCGACAUCUCCCUCCAGCUCGAGCUCGAGCCGGAGCCUCUCUGCCUUGCCCAGAAAAUCCUUCUCUUGCAAGAGCCAGGCCAGUCCUGCUGGUGACUCCACCCCUGGGAAAGUUCAAGAACUGCAUGUGUACGAGAUCAACGAGAGAGAUCGAGGAAGCCCGGCUAUCCUCAAAUUGAGCCAGAAGCCUGUCAAUUCCCUCGGCGAUCUCGUCCCUUUCAGCAACAAACUGUACAGUGGGGACCUGCAAAAGAGACUGGGCAUAACUGCGGGCAUCUGCAUCCUGAUCCAGAACAAGCCGGAGAAGAAAGGUGACCGCUACGAGGCCAUCUUCAGCUUCUACUUCGGCGACUACGGCCACAUCGCGGUCCAAGGCCCUUACCUGACCUACGAGGACACGUACCUGGCCGUGACCGGUGGGUCCGGCAUCUUCGAGGGCGCGACCGGCCAGGUCAAGCUCCAGCAGCUCAUCUUCCCUAUCAAGCUCUUCUACACCUUCUACCUCAAGGGCGUCAAGGACUUGCCCGCCGAGCUCCUGGGGAAGCCGGUCCCGCCCAACCCCGGCGUCGAGCCGGCCCCCGCUGCCAAGGCCUGCGAGCCGCACGCCGCGAUUGCUAAUUUCACUGAUUGAUCGGGGGGAUGAUUUAGCAAUGAAUAAUGGGUUGCCAUUUUUAUGCCCCAUUGGUGUGGUGCUGCUUCGUUUAUUAGGUGUUGACAACUUGCGAUGUUGCUUUUAUGGUGGGGGCUCUCUAUGUUGAUGAGGCCAGAGUGGAGCAUAAAAUGAUGAAGUGAGCUGAGAUCUAACUUUUCUGUCCUUGCUACAAUGGAAUAUCUUUUACUUUAUGCGAUC